UUUCUCUCUCUUCUUUUGUUAAUACCCUUUUUGGGGUUUUUUUUUUAAUUUUCAGUUCUUGAAAGCCUAUAUAAGUCACAUUUCAAGUGCUUAUUUUUCUGGGUUUCAAAUAAAGACUCCAUUUUUAUUGCUGACCAAUAUUGGAAUUUCACCAUUUCUCUCUCUUUUUUUUGGUGAUUUCCUUUGUGGGGUUCUCUUAUUUUCAGUUCUUGAAGGUGCCUUUUUUUUUUAACCCCUUAUUUUUGCUGAUUCCUUUUUGGGUUUCAAAUAAAGACUCCAUUUUUACACAAAUAUUUUGGAAUUGAAAAAUAUGGUGGUUCUAGUUGCACGUACUGGAAGACAUUUGCAGCGUUAUAACAAAGGUCGUCGCCAAGUUGUUGGAUGUAUACCUUAUAGAUAUAAAGAUAUUAUUGACCGAUCCUUGGGGGAUGAAGAUGCGUUUGAAGUUCUUCUCAUAACUCCUCAGAGAAAAGGAAAAGGAUUGUUGUUCCCAAAGGGAGGUUGGGAAAAGGAUGAAACAAUCGAAGAUGCAGCAAAGCGUGAGACAAUAGAGGAAGCUGGUGUUUGCGGCGAUAUUGAGAGCAAACUGGGAACAUGGUACUUUGAGAACAAAAAUGGUGACACCGCCUAUGAAGGACACAUGUUCCCCUUACGUGUGAAGGAGGAACUAGAUCUGUGGCCUGAGAAAGACAUCCGUGAAAGACUUUGGAUGAGCGUGCGAGAAGCAAGAAAGCUCUGCCAACAGGGGUGGAUGAAAGAAGCCUUAGAGUUACUAGUUAGUCGCCUCACAUCACAAAGUAGGCGGACUAAAAUGGACCUAUUUUCAAGAAUCAACCGGAGCUCCGGUGGCCAUGGAGCCAUUUUGGGUUUGGGAUGCAGGGCUCAAGCACUUACUCCACCUCCACCUAGUCCUGCAGAAGAGGCCUAGUUUCCAUUAGCCAAGGAAUGUAGUAAAAGUAGCUUGUAAAUAGGAAAUUGACGACGAGCCCUUAGCAUAGCAUGUGAUGUGUGUGGACUAGACGCGCGUCACUGGCCUGUCGCAGACAAAAGCCUAGUUUUAAGUGGAGAAGGGUAGAGGGUCAGGCCCACUAUUCACCAAAUUUCGGACCAUGCAUCCCUGAUCCUCCCAAGUUUCGAACCAUGCACCCCUGAUUCUUCACUGAGUUCAAACCAUGCCCCCUGAUCCUCCACCGAGUUUCAAACCAUGCCCGAUCCUUCAUCGAUUCGAACCGUGCGUUGCUUAUCCUCAGGGAUUUUUUCUCGGUUAUCAAAAAUAGGAUAUCGUCAAUGAUCGCUGGUGGAAGUAGGUUAGAGCAAUCUGUCUUAGUGCUACUCCAAUUUUCAAGAAAACAGAAAUACAGAGCUAGCAAUAGCACUAUGUAGUUUUUUUGUUCUUGUUUUCUUUUAUCAGAAUUGGAUUUCAGUUCUGUACAUGAUCGCUUUAGGCUUAGAAAAUCAGUGUUGUGAAGGAUGCAGCUUAUCAGUUACUAUCUCAGUCUUUUUGAGGAACUUUGCCAUUGUGUAGGUACUAUAUAAUGACUGGCUGAAGAUAGUGAAGUUACUUUUUACGUUCCGAUGUCUCUAAAGUAUCCGAAUCUUUAGUAUAUCUUCAUGCUGAUGUAUUGACAUGAUAUGUAAAAACGAAAUAAACGAGCGGAUCUUGGACUGUUUA